UGGCGCUACCCGUUUCAUGUACUAAACAUGUCAAAUGUUAUUAUCUUGAUCUUAGUGUAUCUUCUCCAAAACGCGCACGGAAAAUGCCUCAACUCUAAUUCCGACAUUUACCAAGCUAUGAUAUCUACAACCGUCGAACCUUCUCUUGAAAACAUCACAUGGAAAGACAACUACUACAACAUUUCGACAGCCUUGUUCCCACUGCCAUCCCAUUGGUCCAAACGGUCCCAUGCUCUCUACAUAAGGGUUUGGGUUCAUUUUUUGAAUGCGUCCAAUACAGGCAUUGACUUUUCGAAAACUUUGAAAUUCACGUGGAGUGAAUCGUGUAUUUACGUCGUGAUUGAACCGGUUGCUACGACCAUUCUGUCACAUGGGACAAUCGUACUUCAACUAGCGACCGCUUCGCUUCAUAUAACGCUACCUCCAUUUUGCAGCAAAGUUAACGAAGACGCUGUCAAAGAAAGAAUGCUGAGUUUUAUAACCAAGCUGCAAGACCUGGCUAUUUCCCCCAAUGUGUCAGACCCACGUCUGAACACCGCUUCCUGUAUUCUUCAUGGUCAUGACAAUGACAGGCUUGAGCUCUCCACUUGGCAGAAAGGGCUCUAUGGGUAUCUGGCUAAUUCACCGGCAGUAGCUUCCUUCUUGGCCACGCCCUUUUUAUUAACAAUUAGAAAUAAGGAGACUGAAGGCAAGACAGAAAUUAGAAAUAAGGAGACUGAAGGCAAGACACAAUAUGGAUUCUGA